CAAGUUUGAAAGGUAGAGGGACCCUCUCCCAUUACUAAUUGGCUUUUUGAGACAAAAAUUGUCUCUUCACCCUCUCUCCUCUCUUUGCUUCGUCCAAGCCAACUCAAGGGAGAAGAAACCUCUGCAAAACUUCAUUCUCCAUAGCCAUAACCGAGCUCAAGGUUGGAGGAGGUUCAAGGGAGAAGAAAAGCUUGGAGAAAAUGAAGAAAACUUAGAAAAAUCAAGGAAUUUUACCAAGGUAUUCUAGACUUCUCAAGGAACCUAGGAGUGGCCGGAAAGUCGCCGGAGCCGCCGGAGUUUUUGCCGGAAAUUUCAAAGGUCGCCGGAGUUCAAACAAAGGGGAUAAAAACUCGCUAGCGUCAUUUCAAGGUUGAAGCUAGAGCUUACUUCCUGCACCCGUUGCUAGGGAGAUCGAUGGAGAGAAGACGUGGAAUGGGUGGUAGUGAUAGGGCGGUUCGAGGAAAUCCGAGAGGGCGCACACCGGGGAUAGCCGGGCAAGCCAAUCGGGGAAUAUCAAGGUCGCGUAAAAGGCGAGGUAUGGGCAACCAAGGCCCACGAACACGAGCCACGAUGGCUGAUCACAAUGUGACUGAAUUCGAGUCGUGGAACUCGGAGGAUGACUCAACUUAUCACCCUGAAAGCGAGUCAGAUGAAACUUCUUUUCAGGAAAACAGUGGAGAGGAUGUACAAAGUAUUCCUCCUGACCAUGUUAGUGAGAUGUACCGAUGGUACCAACGUGAAAGGGGAAGACAACGACAGGGAUCUCAGGAGGGACAUGUCAAAGGCGAGACCUCUCUCAGGAGGGGUCGGGGUGCUCAUAGAGCACAAGUUAGGACAGUCAGAGAUUCUGAUGACGAAGGACCAUUCAUUAAGAUCUCAAAGUACCUCAAAGAGGCUAGAGCCUUGGGGUGCAAACCAUUUGAUGGGACGGGGGACAUAUCAGAAGCAGCCGAGUGGAUAAAAAGGUUAAAUGAUGCAGCUGAGGACAUGCAGGUGGUCCCUGAAAGAAAGUUAAGGGUAGCCACUAGAUUAUUGGAGGGUUUAGCUUCUACUUGGUGGGAAGGCACCAAGGGUAAGUUUGACGGGGUUGUCACGUGGGACAACUUCGAGCAAGCAUUCUAUGAGCAGUUUUACACCUCUUUCGAAGUAAAUCGAAAGAGGAGGGAAUAUAUCGAUCUCAAACAGGGAAAUGAGUUUACGGUGAAGCAACUGGAACAAAGAUUCCGACAUCUGGCAAUGUUCUUGCCUGAGUAUGCCGCAAAUGAGAACCGAAUGGCAAAUCAUUUUUGGAAUGCACUCAAUUUGGAAAUACGCGAAAGAGCGACCUACCAAUUCAACAUGACUUUUAGUCAAGUAGUAGCCCAAGGUCUCCAGGGGGAGGAGCUUUGGAAGGAAAGACAAGCAAGGGAUGCAAAGGAAGCACAAGAAAGAGAUCAGGUGAUCAUUCACCCUCCACGACGAGAGGGGAAGUAUGAACUUCAGAGCAAGGGGAACUCUAACAGGUUAGUUCCGUUUUUCAAUGAGAUCCAGGACUUGGUAAGUCAAAGCUCAAGAACUCGAGGCACGGGGGCACCCAAAUGUGAGAAUUGUAGGCGAAGGCACUACGGGAGAUGUCGAGAGCCAUCUAGGUGUUACUUUUGUGGAGAAACAGGCCACAUCAAGGUCCUUUGUCCUCAACGUACGCGUGAAGGAACAUCAGGAGCUAGAGGAGGGGUCACGGGGGUUGAAAACCCAACUAGGGUUGCCUCAAACAUGGUACCUUCUACAAGUCAAUGGCGAACUCGCUCGUGAAGGCCGGGAAUGGCGGAAGCCAUUUGUUAGGCCCGACUAUGGCAUAAGCCAACUCAAGGGAGAAGAAACCUCUGCAAAACUUCAUUCUCCAUAGCCAUAACCGAGCUCAAGGUUGGAGGAGGUUCAAGGGAGAAGAAAAGCUUGGAGAAAAUGAAGAAAACUUAGAAAAAUCAAGGAAUUUUACCAAGGUAUUCUAGACUUCUCAAGGAACCUAGGAGUGGCCGGAAAGUCGCCGGAGCCGCCGGAGUUUUUGCCGGAAAUUUCAAAGGUCGCCGGAGUUCAAACAAAGGGGAUAAAAACUCGCUAGCGUCAUUUCAAGGUUGAAGCUAGAGCUUACUUCCUGCACCCGUUGCUAGGGAGAUCGAUGGAGAGAAGACGUGGUUCGUGCUUCCUCCGGUUCUAUUUCUAAAUAAUUAAAUAAUGCUCAUGGAACUAUUUUGACUUAUAAAUUAAUGGAGCCUGCGAGCUCUUGUUUUACCCUUGUGUGGGUUCUUAUUAAACACUUAUAUUCCGCUAUGUGUUUGAUUGUAUGUUGAUGUUGUUAUGUAUGUUUACUAAUCGGUUUUGGCAUAUGUAUCUAUCGGACGUCUUGUGCAAUUCGGUAAGGAUGAACUGCGGUUAUUCUUAUUGGAUUGUACGACGGUUGUCCACGUGGCACAGACGCGGUCUGGGGCGUGACAAGUAAGGUUGGAGUUACUUUUCUGGCUGUAUUGGCUGAAGUUACUGUAGAGGACCAUUUUAGCUAUUUUUACAUAUAAUUUUUUCUUUAAUUUAUUAAUAAAAUAUAUUUUUAAAAUAUUUUUUUCUUAAAUCAGCAGAAUCAGCCAAAACAGCCACUCCAGCCAGAAUAUCAUAAAUUUCAGCAGAAUCAGCCAAAACAGCCGAUUUUGGUGCUACCAAACGGGCUCUAUAUUUAUAAUGAAAAAGUGCCUAGAACACAUAUUUUAGAUACCUUCUUUUAUGUAUCUAAUAAUGC